AUGGCCAAGGCCAUCAGUGAUGCUGUUGAUGACGAUGAUGGGGCAGUUCUAAAGAAAAUCAAUGCAAUAUGCAGAGCUUAUCUGUGGUUUGGGUCUUAUGCUGAUAACAGACCAGGUGCUGUAGCUUGGGAAAAGCUUUGCUGUACCAAAAGUGAGGGGGGUCUUGGUUUUAGAAACCUGGUUUUAUGGAACCAAGCACCUAUAGGCAAACAAGCUUGGGCAAUCUCUAAAAAAGAGGACAAUCUAUGGGUUAAGUGGGUACAUGCCAUGUAUGUGAAAGAUAGGAAUUGGGUUCAGUACACAGCCCCAAUCACUGCAAGUUGGGCUGUGAAAAUUGUUUGCAAAGUUAAGAACAUGUUCAAUGGGAAAUUACAGUCCCAUGAUUGGCUCACUGCCAACAAGUAUGCCAUUAAAGGAAUGUAUCAGAACCUGAGUGAGGUUCAGACCAAGGCCCACUGGGCUAAGCAGGUCUGGAACAGACACAGUGUUCCAAGGCAUAGGUUCACUAUGUGGUUAGCUAGCCAAGACAGAUUGAAGACAAGGGCUAGGUUGGUUAAGGUUGGCAUUGGUAAUGACAGUCAAUGUACUGUUUGCUGCUGCUCAGAGGAAACAAUUACACAUAUGUACUUUGGGUGUGCUUAUAGUGCUAGUUGCAAGGCUAUGGUGUUUCAAUGGUUAGGCCUUUCUGGUCAUGGGGGUGAUCUCCACAGAACACUGAACUGGUUAAGAAGACAAGGCACAAGCAGGUUCAGAAGACAGGUGAUCUAUGCUGCAUAUGCAGGCUUAAUCUAUCACCUGUGGAGGGCAAGGAACUACGCAGUUUGGGAUGCUAUGGUGCCUACUGUGUUGCAGACAGUAAAGAGAGUCAAGAUGGACACCAAAGGUCGAAUUCAACAGCUGAUUGGGAAGAAAGUCAAGGCUUCUGAUGUUGAGUGGUUCAGUGGUUUGUGA